AUGCAGCGUGUGAGGAAGCCCGCCAUUUGUUCAGGCGGCGUGGUGCGUGAUGUUCGCACCCCACGCCACCUCACUGGGGGGCCAGGGAACAGAGAUGCAGAGUUCGGCCAAGGCAGUGGCCCGUGCGGUGUGUUGCACGCGGGUCCCGUGGACUCUUCAGCAGGACUUUUGUUAACGCUGCAAUGUUUGCAUAGUGAGAAGAACGGUGAGAUCGACCAGCAGCGGGAGCAGUAUGAAAACCUGAAGUGGAGGCUGGAGAGGAAGCUCGAGGAGCUGGAUGGUGAACUUGCUCUGCAGAGGCAGGAGCUGCUGCUGGAGCUGGAGUCCGAGAUGCAGAAGAGGGAGCACGAGUUCCGCCUGCAGGCUGACCGCAUGAGCAGCGAGGUCCUGACACACGAGCUCAAGGUUAAACUGUUGGACAAGGAGCUCGCGGCUCUGAAGGAAGCUGCGGCACAGGCCGCGGAGUCGCUGCGGAGCGCCGAGGCCGCGAACUCAGAGCUGCGGGACCAGCUGCAGCGCGGCGGGCAAGAGCUCAGGGACCUGGCGGCGGCCAAGGACACACGGAUCAAGGACUUAGAAGGCCAACUUCACUCGGAGCAGCAGGCCAGGAAGAAGGAGGAGGAGGCGUUCAGGAGGAAACUUCGUGAAGAGGCGUCGGCUCUAAAAUCGGGCUGGGAUGCCCAGGUCGCCCAGCUGUCCAAGGACCUGAUCUCCAAGGACCUUCGGAUUCAGGCGCUGCAGGAAGAGGCAGUGGAGCUCAAGGCACAGCUGGCCAGGUGCCAGCAGGACGUCGGAAGGUGGUGUCGCAUCUGGAGCCGGUGCCGCGGCAGCUCUCCUGCCCCGUCCUGUGUGGGGAAGCACCUCUUCGUGUGUCCUGUCCCACCCCCGUCUCCUCUCAUCCAGUGGAUGAACGCUGGAGCCCGCUGGUCGGAUGUGGUGCCCUUGUGCGGAGAGCGUCGGGGCUUGUCUGCUUCCUCCCGCCCGCGCUGCCUUCUGUUCCGGCCGCAGCCGGUGGCGGCACAGAGCCUGCACACGGCGCCCUCAGGUCCCGACCGUCGGGGCCCGCGGCUGCUUCUGCAAGGCCGGCAGGAGCCCCCCUGCAGCGGGCAGGACGGGGUUGCUGCCAAGCUCCAGGAGACAGAGCGGACGCUGUGUGACCAGGAGGUGGUGCUGAAGGCCUUGACCCUUGAGAGAGACCAGGCCGUGCAGGCGUUGAGGACGCGCGGGCUUCUUCCUGAGAAGGAGGUGCGGGUCGGCACGGCCGCCCCCCGCCCUGAGCCUCCCCCGGGGACGCCGCUCCCCAGCCCGCUCCUGCGCCUCCCCCGCCCCCCCAGCCGUGGUGAUUACAUCAUGGUCCUCGAAACAGAAAUCAGAAAUCUGAAGCAUAAAUUUAAAACCCUGGAAGGACAGGUAGAAGAUGUGUUAGAUCCUUCGAAGAUGUCCUCAUCUCACUCUGACGUUCAAGCCAGCGUCCACAUCUUGGCCGAAGUGCCUGGAGGAGCCGUGCCGGCCGAUGGCACACCCAUGGGUCUAGCGCUCGGGAGGCUCAGAAACAGGACACAUCUCCUGAACUUCCUGGUGGCCCGGCUCAGGCAGAAGCUGCUGCAGAAACCCCUGGGCGCGGACACCGUCCAGCACGAGCUGCCCCACGAGGUGGGCCAAGUGCACCUGGAGGCUUUGGAGCUGCAGAAGCAGGUGGCUGAGCUCGAGGAGCAUAUCGGGAGCCACUGGCGGUUACGAGCCUUGGACCAGGUGGCCCUUGCGAGGCAGGUCCCUGCGGACCAAGGACCCAAGGGGACCAAAGACCAGAAGCCACAGCCCCCGCAGGUGUCGUCUGUGCCCCGACUCCAGAGGAAACUGAAGGAGGCGGCCCGAGAAAUCGUCCGCCUCCGCCUGGAGAAGGAGCAGCUCCUGGAGACAGGAAACAGGCUCCGAGCGGAGCUGGGCCGCGGCCCAGCACUCUGCUAUCUCCUGGACCUGUGGCUGUCCUCGUUUUCUGAGGCCUUCAUGUCAGAAGAGUCCACGUUCCUCUCGACUGGAGCUCUGGAAAUCCUGCCUCGCGCAACUGGGAGCAUCUCCGAGCGGGCCAGGCACCGCCAGCAGAAGCCUGUGCCCAAAGUGCAGCGGGCCCCUCGGCCCCAGGGGGUGCCCGAAACGGCAGACAGGAAACCACCUCAUCAACCCCUGCCCACUCCUGAGGCCUGGAACCAGAGUGAAGCACCUUUGGGGCAGGUGAAGCCCCACUCUGCAGCUCAGGGCUCUAAGAGCGCCGAGACAGAACAUUCCUCUGGACACCCCGGGGAGGCCCGGCCCCACCUGGUCCAGAGCGUCAGCAGAAGGUCCAGUCCGCCAGGCUGCACAGCAGGAGCUGAGGCCGGGUCGGGGCAGAGGCAACACGGGAUCUCCAGGGCGACUUACAGAUCAGCUCGGCAGAAGGAAAGCCGGUCCCCAAAGCCACACCUGGCUCAAGAAUCCCGUGAGGAAAAGAGCCACCACACCCGAAGCUCCUCAUCACCAGCCAGUGGUCCCCUCCAGGACACGUGGAAGUUACUGGACCUGGGAUCCAGCCCCUCCGGCCUCACGUCCCAGGACGACUCUGUGCCAGAGCUCACAGCACCUCCAGCAGCCGACAGCCUCAAAGACCCUGAAGGGAGCCCCGUGGGUGCACAGGCUGCCCUUGCCAUCGAAGGGGUGAAGGCAGAAGCCCAGGCCAAGGCCAGGCCCGCCAGAACUGCCAGGGCUCACCCUGCAAAAACUAAAUGCUGCCAGAGGCCCCCCAAGAUCCGUAACUACAACUUAAAGGACUGA